AACGACUGAGGUGGCACUAAUACUCCGGAGGUGUCCGAUGAUGCGUCAGCGAGGCGGAGCAGUGAGCGUCUGUCCGAGCUCAUCCGACACAACGUGGACACACACAGCAGAUAUCCAUUUAAUUAAACAUGACCCGAGGGGAUCACCAUGCACCGCUGAAUUCUCUGCAGACAGGCCGGCAGCCUCUCAGCUGAAGCAGGGGGGAACAAGGUACCAUGGGCUCUAUGGAGAUGGAUUCAGAGGCUGCAAAGGAAACUAGUGGAGUAUACCAACUUCUUUAACCUACAAAGAAAGACACCAGAUAUCCUCCUGUCUGGAUGACUAAGGAAAGUAUUGCCAGACACAUAGCAUGGCUCGCUCCUCUCAUCCCUCUGGCUGGAGGGAGAUGACAAAUGGAGGGGGGAACCCCCACUUCAACCAUGGAGGCCAAACCGGGGGUUCCCACAGCACCACGCGCUACAUGCUAAAGAAACAGCACCGCCACAGACAUAGGUCUUCCUCACCCAUGGGCAGGGUCAUUCUCAUUAACUCACCUGUUGAUGGAGGGGAUGACAGUGAAGACAUUCACACAGUGACAGUAGAAAAGAGUCCAGAUGGGCGUCUGGGUUUCAGUGUCCGCGGGGGCUCUGAACAUGGACUCGGCAUAUUUGUCAGCAAGGUGGAGGACGACAGCUCUGCAGCGCAGGCUGGGCUGACUAUGGGCGAUAAGCUGGUGGAGGUGAACGGGGUCAGUCUGGAGAGCAUCACCAUAAGCAGCGCUGUGAAGGUCCUGACGGGCAACAACAGGCUGAGGAUGGUGGUGAGACGGGUGGGCAAGAUCCCUGGCAUCCGCUACUCCAAGGAGAAGACCACAUGGGUGGAUCUGAUUCACCGGCGGAUGGUGGUGGAGGAGAGCGGUCGCACACCGUCAGAGGCCAGUUCAGACGGCGCUCUCCGCAGGAUCGUACAUCUCUUCACCACAUCAGAUGACUACUGUCUGGGCUUCAACAUCAGAGGAGGCAAAGAGUUCGGACUGGGAAUUUAUGUUUCUAAGUUGGACCCGGGUGGGCUUGCAGAACAGCAUGGCAUCAAAAUGGGCGAUCAAAUCCUUGCAGCCAACGGGAUCAGCUUUGAUGACAUCACCCAUAGUAAUGCAGUUGAGGUCCUGAAGAGCCACACCCAUGUCAUGUUGACCAUCAGGGAAGCUGGGAGAUACCCUGCAUACAAGGAAAUGGUAGCUGAAUACGGCUGGCUCGACAAACUGGCAAAUGGGGGCCCGGCAUCAUCCUCCCAGGGUUCAGACUCCAACUCCUCUGCCUCCUCGUUGUCCUCCAGCACCCCUGUCAGCUCCCUCAGUGGUCUCUCCCAGGUCCUUUUCCCUCCUAUCUUUGGCUCUGGGAUGGUAGACGUCGCCAUCUCCACAGAGGACCGCUCCCAACGUCAAAGCAGCGCAGAACGAACUGCUGACACCGCCAUACAGACUGACCCCCACCCUCCAUACUACUUGGACCACACCUCCACUAAUGGGUUGUACUCGGACAGGGUGGUCGCCACAGAAACCAGCCGGACUGUAGGUGCCACAGUGCUGCUGAAGGACACACUUAUACGUGGGAAAGGGGAAGGGCCGAGGGAGAUGGUAGGAGCUGGGGAAGGAGGGCGGGGACGUACGAGGACGUCAUCUGGGGACCAGGAAGUAGUGAAACCCUCACCUAAGACGGCAGCGCUGAUGGCCCUGAGCAGACCACGGAAGCCAAUCAAACGUUCUCAGAGCCACAUCAUUGUGUCAGAGGAAAGACAAAAGAAGCAGAGGCAACAGAAGGAAACAAACUCUGGAGAGGGUAAAACCAGCCUGCAGCGAUCUAAAACCUUUGUCAACUUGUUCUUUAAGAAAGACCGUAAAGAGAAGAGCCCAUCCAAGUCAUUGUCUCACAAUGCAGACAAAGAUAAGGAGCGGGGCCGUCCCUUCCAGCUCUUGACCUCCCCGAGGGAAUCCCGUGCUGGGGUUAAAGAUAGCAGCCCGCUGCGCCGACCAGAGACCCUGAUGCAUGUGGAGGACAUAGCAAAGAAACUGCUCGGCCAUGAUGAGGUGGCUGCUGUGAUGAGACACUGUCAGCGGUUUCUGUCCGACAAUGUAAUUGAGGAUUUAGUGCGUCCCCUUUUGGCCAUCUUGGACAGGCCAGAGAAACUGCUACUUCUCAGAGAAAUAAGGAUGCUGAUACCUACUACGGAGCUGGGUCGGUUUGACAGCAUGGUCAUGCCCUUUGAGCUGGAGGCGUACGAUGUUCUCAAGAGUCGCUCUGUUGUUUAUUUCUUCUUAGUGCGUUCUCCAGCUCUACGCUCCCCUCGCAGUGGAACCCCUCGACGUCACCUCAUCACCCCAAUCCCAGACUACAGGGGUGGGUUCCACCUCCAGCCAGUCCAGGACGCACUGCGGGAGCGUCAGUUGAUUGAGGAGUUGGAGAGAUUACGUUUGUCCAGCCAACAGUCAGGCCAUCUGCCUCCGUCCCGUGCCUUCACCCCUCUGCUGGAUGUACCUCUGGACAACUAUGCCUCCUCUCCUGUGCGAUCCCGCUCCCUGAGCCCUUCACCCACCCACAGCUUCCUCCUCACAGAGCCAUCACACAGCACCCAACGUGGGCGCCAAACCCAUCACUCCCCAAACAGAAGAGAGAACAGGGCCUCACGGUAUGACGAUGUCUCCUUGUUGUCUGACCGAGGAGAUGUGGCUCCUGAACGAGGGAGGUCACCUGUGAGGAACGGCCAUGGGAGAGCAAGGAGGGAGGUGAGUCCUGACAGCAUAGAUGACAGAAUGAGCAGGCAGGAGGGCUACACAGAGGUCAGCGUACAGGUUCCUUCACAGCUGCAAGGGAGAUCCCCUCUGGCUGAUGUGUUUGAGCCCAAGAGAGACAAGAGUCCAUCCACAGGCAGAGAGAGCAGUCAGCCGCUAAAUGGACAUUCACAAAAUGGUCAUGGUGUAAAAAGAAGAGCAACUUUGCUACCUGAGGAGUAUGAAAUUAACACUUUGACCAUCUCUAAGGCCAAGCAGUCAUUGGGUAUUAGUAUCUCUGGUGGUAUAGAGUCUAGAGUCCAGCCCAUGAUAAAGAUUGAGAAAAUCUUCCCAGGAGGAGCUGCAUCUACGAAUGAGGCUCUGAAGGCAGGUUAUGAGCUGUUGUCCGUGGACGGUGAGAGUCUGCAGGGAGUGUCUCAUCAGCAUGCGGUGGAUGUUAUUCGCCGAGUGUUCAGCAACAAGGCCAAAGAACCGAUGGUUUUUGUGGUCAAAGUUCCCAAGGUCCCUAACACCCCUACAUGCCCCAGGAGACCAGCAGACUAACCUUUUGUCAUACUGCAGUUUGGGCAUGAAGGACACCAAAACCUGCAACUCCUGUGGGAGUGAAUAAACUACAGGAUUCACUCCUGAAGAGGAGAUAUGGGACAGGUAGAUCUCCGGUCAUAGUGGAGAGAAAUGGAUGCACAGAAACAUUUGUCCUAUGAGAGAAAGAGUUAUGAUAUGUCAAAGAGAAUGCAUGUUGAAGCAGGUUUUUAAGACUGAUGCAGUAGGUUAUUUAUCAGGAUAAAGAUUGUUAUAGAUAUCUUUUGCUACGAUGAAAUUAAGUUUGUUGCAACUUUACAACUUUUAUAACAUUCUUAGUGUUUUUAGCAAACAUUUUACUAAAUGCAUACAUUGCACAUUAACUGGACAAAAAAUAAUAUGUGUUUUGUGAUAAGAUCACAUGGUUCAUGAACUCCUCCUUGGUUGAAAUUGUGCCACUGUUUGACACGUGGCAUCCUUGCCUCGACCUCUGAGCACUGUCUGAUUGUGGAGCCAGUGGUCUGCACUUUUUUCAGUUGGAGCAUCUCCAUCCUGCAGCCCUGCAGGCCUGCCAGAGGGAGAUUACCCAAGCCUGAGUUAUGAGAUUUAUAGAUUUAUACCCAGAUUAAACCCCUGUAUUAUGUCAAAACUGAUAGUUUGGGUUUAGUGGAUGUCUGGGGGGAUUAUUACAAAUUGCUGCUCAGUAUUUUUGUGCUGCAUUUUUCUGGCAGAAGUGCUUGUGCUCUGGAGCAAUCCGCCACUUUAGAGGCUUAAUUACACCAUGCUGUGGACUGAGCUUAUGCAGACAUGUGGAGGAGUUGGAAAAACAUGUCAAUGAGAAAUGCAGGACAUGAAGGCCAGUGUCAGAGUUUAAAUCAAAGUAGGGUAGCGGAGAUAUGGGCACCAAAUAACUGGAAUAUAGUGUGCAUAGUGCCUUACUUCUUCUGCAGAUGGCCACUGGGGGAAAACAUUGAUAAAUAUUACACAAAUAAGUGCUAGAAAAGCUCAAAUGGAAAUGUUUCAAUUCAGACAUGCUAUUAAAUUUAAAGAUGAAAUUGAGCGUGUCUAUGCCUUUGGGUUAUUAUAAAGUGCUUCAGGUAUUUGACUUAACUGCAAUAAAUGCUCAUUCAGUAUAUUUUACUCACACUUGAUGUCUUUCAGGUAAAAGAGCACAUAAAUCAACAGUAAUUUUAAGGUGUGACAACUUGUUCUUUAAUUAAAAACACAGUCAUUUGUACAAGAAAUGUACACAAAAAUAUACAUGGACAACUACAUUAUGAAUUACUGAAGACACAACGUAAGUAAACAAAAUGCACACAAAAAGUUGAGAAAAUGCCACAAAAAAGAAAAUGUGUUACGUUGCUUUGGUCUAGUCACAGUGGCUACAUUUGAAAUAGAUAUUCUGUCUAAAUAAAAGACAAUGUCACUCUGUUA